AUGGGAAACGCUUGCUCUGAUGGUUGCUUCGGCAUGUUGGGCAGCAAAAAGGUUUCGCAGCUCAAGGCCUGCAAGCAGGACCUCAAGAAGUUCAUUGACAGCAAGAACUGUCAUCCCAUCAUGGUGCGCUUGGCCUGGCAUGACUCCGGAACCUAUGACCAGCGCAUCAAGGACUUCCCAGAGCGAGGUGGCGCCAAUGGUGCGAUCAGGUUUGAGGGGGAGAUGAACUUUGGGGCCAACGCCGGCUUGGACAAGGCAAAAGGCUUCCUCGAUGAGUUUGCGAAGAAGUACCCCGAGAUUUCCUGGGCUGACCUGAUCCAGAUGGCGUCUGCCGUUGCCAUCGAGUGUGCCGGUGGCCCGGCCAUUGACAUGAAGUACGGCCGAGUGGCAGUGUGUUGCAACAACGAGUGCGUCAAAUCAGAUUCCAGGGAGGGCUUCGGAGGCAAUGCAGGGCUUCCCGACGCCAAGCCUCCCUUUGGCUGCGGGGCGCCGACGGCUGCACAGCAUCUUCGCAAUGUAUUCACGAAGAAGAUGGGCUUCACAGAUCAGGAAAUCGUGGCACUGUCUGGCGCCCACACCAUCGGCCGCGCUUUCAAGGAACGCAGCGGCGCCUGCCCUUUCGGCUAUGGUGAGCAGUCCGCAUCGAAGUACACCAAGUCCGAUUGCAUUGCACGGAAGGAUGGCAGCAAAGGCGUUGGAAUGGUUGGCGGUGCUGCUUGGACGAAGAACUGGCUGACAUUCGACAACAGCUACUUCAAGGACUACAAGCUUUCCGACCAGAACCUGCUUUGGUUCCCAACGGACGAGGCUCUUCACACCGAUCCCGAGUUCAAGAAGUACUUCGAGCUCUAUGCUAAGGACCAGGAUGCCUUCUUCAAGGACUAUGCCAAGGCCCACAAGAAGCUGAGUGAACUGGGCGCCAAGUUUGAGCCUGCGCAAGGCAUUACGAUCUAA